AUGGCUGCUGAUCUAGACGUGGUGAACCUGUUUAUUAUUGCUGGGGGAACACUGGCUGUUCCCAUUCUGGCCUUUGUCGCCUCCUUCCUUCUCUGGCCCGCAGCUCUCAUUAAAGUUUAUUACUGGUACUGGAGGAGGACUCUGGGCCUGCAGGUCCACUAUGCAGACUGUGGUGGGUAUCGGUUCUGUUACUCGCACAGAGGAAAGCCUGGGAUGAGACCUUCCAUUUUAAUGCUGCAUGGCUUCUCUGCUCACAAAGACACAUGGCUCACUCUGGUCAAGUAUCUGCCAAAGCAUCUGCACCUCGUGUGUGUGGACAUGCCUGGCCACGAGGGAACAACACGCACCAACACAGAGGAUUAUUCCAUUCAGGGGCAGGUCAGGAGGAUCCACCAGUUCGUGGAAACCAUUCGCUUGAGCAGGAAACCUUUCCAUCUGGUGGGAACCUCCAUGGGGGGGAACGUAGCCGGGGUUUACGCUGCUUGCUAUUCCUCAGAAAUCUGUAGCAUGACUCUCAUUUGCCCAGACGGUAUCAGACACCCGUGUGAGACCAAAUUUGACAAUCACCUGCAGGACCUCGAGCACAGCAAUUACACAUUAAACAUCCCGCUGAUCCCCACCACACCCGAAGAGAUGGAGGACAUGUUCAGACUGUGUUCCCACGUUCGCUUUAAAAUCCCUCAGCAGAUUCUUCAAGGUCUGGUAGAUGUUCGACAGCCUCACAACACAUUUUACCAAGAGGUAUUUAUGGAGAUUGUUGAUGAGAAGUCAAGAUAUGCCCUCCAAGAUCACCUACAUCUGAUCACUGCACCUUUACAGGUGAUAUGGGGCAAACAAGACCAGGUGGUGGAUGUCUCUGGUGCUGCGGUCAUUGCGGAGGCGUUGCCUGGGUGCCGAGUGGACCUGCUGGAGAACUGUGGCCACUCUGUGGUGAUGGAGAGGCCCUGUCGGACGGCCAAACUCCUCCUGGAGUUCAUCAUUCUGCAGCAAGACGCCAGGGGCGGCACGAAGAAAGCUUCCUGAACAUAACUUUCAAUCAAUUCCCUUUUCCACUGUAACUCAUCCCGUGGUCCGUAGACACGUCACAUGCAUUUGAGGUCCACACUUCUACACUAAUGUAGGCAAUUUCCAACCAGUGGCGCUCCACAAUUUCAUAGAUGUCGCAAUGAAUCGCAUUUAAUUUGUGAUGUAAACUGGACAGCAAUAAUAAAAGUCCCAUGCGUGUAGCACUGUUUGGUUGUGUGCAGAUGAGCGAAUGGAUGUAUUCAUGCAGCGGGGCGGCUGGUUGCAGCAGGCC